GCUGUGGGCUGGCCUGGGAUCCGAGGGGCCGCGUCCCCCAGAGGAGGGGCAAGAAUCCUGCAGCUGAGAAAGAAGCUCUCAGCGGGAGGGAGGCGGCGGGCUUGACUGACAACAGGAGAGGGCUGGCUUUUUGGAGGGCUCUUAGCAACGGCCCUGGUGUGACCUCCCUCAGCCUGGAGAAAAUCGAAUCAGUGCACCAUUCUAGCAAAAGCCAUGCAGCACAGGCAGCUGACUGUCAAGGCGGCCGUCCUCUCUGCCUGUUAAUCACCUGCUCCGUCCCAUCUCAGGGUCCCUGCCACUGCAAAGUGCUACUGGAAGGAGUGAGAAACGACCACCCAGCUCCCUUGCUGCCUGUGAAUCGAUGGCUAACCGGGGCCCGAGCUACGGCUUAAGCCGAGAGGUGCAGGAGAAGAUCGAGCAGAAGUACGACGCGGACCUGGAGAACAAGCUGGUGGACUGGAUCAUCCUGCAGUGCGCCGAGGACAUCGAGCACCCGCCCCCCGGCAGGGCCCAUUUUCAGCAGUGGUUGAUGGACGGGACGGUCCUGUGCAAGCUGAUAAACAGUUUAUACCCACCUGGACAAGAGCCCAUUGCCAAGAUCUCAGAGUCCAAGAUGGCUUUUAAGCAGAUGGAGCAGAUCUCCCAGUUCCUAAAAGCUGCAGAGACCUACGGCGUCAGGACCACUGACAUUUUUCAAACAGUGGAUUUAUGGGAAGGGAAGGACAUGGCAGCUGUGCAGAGGACCCUGAUGGCUUUAGGCAGCGUUGCAGUCACCAAGGAUGAUGGCUGCUACCGGGGAGAGCCAUCCUGGUUUCACAGGAAAGCCCAGCAGAAUCGGAGAGGAUUUUCAGAGGAGCAGCUUCGCCAAGGACAGAAUGUGAUAGGCCUGCAGAUGGGCAGCAACAAGGGCGCCUCCCAGGCGGGCAUGACGGGGUACGGGAUGCCCAGGCAGAUCCUGUGAGACGCUGCAUCCGUCCCCAGUAGAGAGGACGGAUGUUCCACACCACGGGUCUCUAUGACAAAGAAAUAGUUAGUCACCUUCUGACCUUUCUCAAAGCCUCCUGUCCCUGGUUUUUGCAAGUGCUGCAUUUCUGCUGAGAACCCGCGUUGCCUACUGCUGCCACCUCCUGUUCAUUUAGAACUAUGCAAAGACUCCGCUUCCUCCCCCUCAGCUCCUUCUUUACCCUCAAGUCUCCGUUUGUCUGAUUAUUUAUUUAUUUAUUUCCCCAAAUUUUCCCUUCUCCACUUACAGAACACACCAAAUAAACAAAUUAGUCUUAUGUCUUAAA